AGCCACUCUCCAAAUUACUCUCAGGGUCAGCCACAGUCAAACGCUCUCCCACAGUCAUUCACACACGCACACACACACACAGUCUUUAACAAAACAACAGACAGUCAUACACAAUAGACACACGAAGGCAUACUGAGGCACUAACAGUCUCUGACAUACACGUUCACACAGUCACACGCAUACACAAUCUAGCAGCCUAUCACUGUCAUUGUCAUACUCUAUUUUACCGCCACUGACAGUUAGUUGCCAACAUCCAGAGCCGCGGCUCAGGGCUGACCGACAGCUAAAGAGACGGUGUAGGGACUGAGACCGGACCACCUCCGCAGCGCGAACUCGCAGAAGAAACGAGGGCGGAAAGGAGAGCAGGGGUGCGGAGCCUCGGAGAGCACAACAGAGAGCUCCCACCGAACCAGCCACAACAAACGACACACACGGAGUUCACGUUGGAAAGUACAGGUUAUAACAGAGAGCCUUGUUGUAUCCUGGAUAUUGUUUGCUAGCACUAUUUCAACACCCAGGAUCAUCUCUAGCUUCCACGCUUGCGUGGCUGGAGAGGGGCAAAGUUGGCGGACAGAGAGGCGGUUUUCCUGAGACCCUGGAACUGCGGCAAAGAUAGCUGCACCGCCAGCAUGGCCUGCAGUUUUGCUGCAUCAUCUCGGUGAGCGGAAGGUGUCCGAUGGUAGAAGACAUGUUGGGACAGAGGACUGAGGAGCGCGCCGACACAAGCAUUAGUAACCAUGGAAACGGUAUUGAGGACUUUGGCCUGUGUUGUUAUCAUCACCAUGGUUGCCACAGAGAUCAUGGAAAGUGUAAGUGCUGAUGAAUUCGCUCGGUCUCAAGUUGCAUUCCUGUCUGGCCUGAGCCACUAUGAGAUCGCUAUCCCAGUCCGUGUAGGGCCACAAGGCGAGGCCCUCGGUCUGGAGGACCAGACCGAAAGGUUGUGGCAUCAGCGCCAUCGGCGCAGCUCAGAUGGGCCAUUUGAACCCACCCAGCUCUAUUACCAGCUGUCCACCACACGCUCCAGCUUCCUGCUCAACCUGACACUGCAUAGUGGCUUGCUCUCUGAGCACUUCCGGGUUGAGUACUGGAAGAGGGGUCGGCCAGCCUGGAGCCACGUCUACUCUCCCCACUGCCACUAUGUGGGGCACCUGCAGAACCAACAGAGCUCCACCAAGGUGGCCCUGAGCAACUGCAAUGGCCUGCAGGGGGUGAUCAUGUCUGCUGAUGAGGAGUUCUUUAUUGAGCCACUGAGCCCAGCUGACAACCUGACCAGUGUGGAAGAGCAGGAGGGUCGUCCCCACGUGGUCUACAAGAGGUCCUCUCUUCGUCACCAAUAUAUGGACCAGUCCUGUGGAGUUAUAGAUGACAAGCCAAUCAAAGGUUUGGGGUGGUGGCAGCACCCAUUGAAGCCCUCACCCAACCAGAUGGGCCGUGCGCAGCUGCCACUCAAGCGCUCAGUGAAUCGUGAACGCUACGUGGAAACAUUGGUUGUGGCCGACAAGAUGAUGGUGGGCUACCAUGGCAGGCGUGACAUUGAGCAGUACAUCCUUGCUGUCAUGAAUAUUGUUGCCAAACUGUUCCAGGACUCUAGUCUGGGGAAUGCAGUGAACAUUGUGGUGACCCGUCUAAUUCUGCUAACUGAGGACCAGCCCGCUCUAGAGAUAAACCAUCAUGCAGGCAAGUCUUUGGACAGUUUCUGCAAGUGGCAAAAGUCUAUACAGAACCGCAACAGCCAUGGCAAUGCCAUACCUGACAAUGGCAUCGCACACCAUGACACAGCUGUGCUCAUCACAAGGUAUGACAUCUGUAUCUACAAGAACAAGCCAUGCGGAACCCUAGGUCUGGCUCCUGUUGGAGGCAUGUGUGAACCUGAAAGAAGUUGCAGCAUCAAUGAGGACAUUGGCCUGGCCACUGCAUUCACCAUUGCUCAUGAGAUUGGGCACACGUUUGGCAUGAACCAUGAUGGUGUGGGCAAUACCUGUGGCUCCCGUAGCCAGGAGACGGCUAAACUGAUGGCAGCUCAUAUCACCAUGAAGACCAACCCCUUUGUGUGGUCUGCCUGCAGCCGUGACUACAUUACCAACUUCCUUGAUUCAGGCAUGGGCUCCUGCCUCAACAAUGUGCCCCCAAAGCAGGAGUUUGUCUACCCUACCACAGCUCCUGGCCAGGCCUACGAUGCUGAUGAACAAUGCCGCUUCCAGUAUGGCGUGAAGUCCCGCCAGUGUAAAUACGGGGAAGUCUGUAGUGAGCUGUGGUGCAUGAGCAAGAGCAACCGCUGCAUCACCAGCAGCAUCCCAGCUGCAGAAGGGACUAUCUGCCAGACCAAUACCAUAGAGAAAGGGUGGUGCUACAAACGGGUGUGUGUGGCCUUUGGGACACGACCAGAGGGUGUGGAUGGCAGCUGGGGCCUCUGGUCACCAUGGGAGGAGUGCAGUCGCACUUGUGGUGGAGGUGUUUCCUCUUCAGUACGGCACUGUGACAGCCCAAGGCCAACAAUUGGUGGAAAGUAUUGUCUGGGAGAGAGGAAACGGUUCCGAUCCUGCAAUAUCGAUGAGUGUCCACCCGGCUCUCAGGACUUUCGUGAAAUCCAGUGCUCUGACUUUGACAACGUGCCUUUUCGUGGCAAGUUCUAUACCUGGAAGCCUUACCGUGGAGGAGGUGUAAAGUCCUGUUCCCUUAAUUGCCUUGCCGAAGGAUACAACUUCUACACAGAGCGUUCCCCGGCCGUGGUGGAUGGCACACCCUGCCGAGACAACUCCCUAGAUGUCUGCGUCAACGGGGAGUGCAAGCACGUGGGCUGUGACCGGAUCCUGGGCUCCGAUGCACGGGAGGACCGCUGCCGCAUCUGCGGGGGUGAUGGCAGCAGCUGCGAGGUCAUCGAAGGAGUCUUCAACGAGUCGCUGCCUGAAGGAGGUUACGAAGAGGUGGUCCGAAUCCCAAAGGGGUCAGUGUUCAUUCACAUUCAGGAGCUCAAUGUGUCCCUCAACUAUUUAGUACUGAAGGGCAAAGGGGACCAGUACUUCAUUAAUGGCAAGCUGACCAUUGACACCCCGCGAAGGUUUGAUAUUGCUGGGACCACCUUUUAUUACCGCCGCCCCGCAGAUGAGCCUGAGACCCUGGAGGCUCUUGGGCCCACCAACAUAUCGCUUGUUGUCAUGGUGCUGGUGAGGGAGCCGAACCCGGGAAUCCGCUACCGAUUCAACCCACCUGUGAACCGAGAUGCACUGAGCGGCUAUGCCUGGCACUAUACCUCCUGGUCACGCUGUUCUGCCCUGUGUGCUGGAGGGGUCCAGACUCAGCAGGUGGUGUGUAAAAAGCAGGCUGAUCAUUCAGUGGUUUACAACCACUUCUGUGAUAAGAAGAGCAAGCCCAAGGAGAAGAAGAGGGCCUGCAACUUGGAGCCAUGUGCUCCAGUCUGGUGGUUGGGUGAGUGGUCGGAGUGUACUCGCAGCUGUAAUGGGGGGCUCCGCACACGGGAGGUGCUCUGCAAGCGCAAGAUCUCACCUAUGGAGGAGAAGGUCCAGGAUGAUAUUACAUGUGCCCCUCCACGACCCCCUGUCACAGAGCCCUGUAACAACCACACAUGCCCCCCUGAAUGGUUGGCUCUGGAUUGGUCAGAGUGCACUCCCAGCUGCGGCCCAGGCUACAGACAUCGUGUUGUCCUGUGCAAGAGAGGGGAGAAUGGGGAUGUCCUGCCCGAGUUGCACUGCCCCAAGCACAGCCGGCCCACCACCCGGGUGCGGUGUAACCUCCAGCGCUGCCCACCCCCACAGUGGGUGACUGGGCCCUGGGGAGAGUGCUCAGCCCAGUGUGGCCUGGGUCAAGAGGUACGCUUGGUGCAGUGCCUCACGCACACCGGGCAACCAUCCAACGAGUGUCCAGAGAGCCAGCGGCCAGUGGCCAUGCAGCAGUGUGAGCGCAAGUGUGACCUCGGCCCCACAGACAACCCUGAAGAAUGCAAAGAUGUGAACACAGUGGCGUACUGCCCCCUGGUGCUCAGGUUUAAGUUCUGCAACCGACCGUACUUCAGACAGAUGUGCUGUAAGACCUGCCAAGGACAUUGAUGUCCUGACCAUAUUUGGCCUGCUGCUCUGUCCUGGGCAAGGGGAGGAAGGGAGGGCUGUGAUACAGGAGAGAACAACAGAGAAUAACACAGAGAAGGAGGAGGAUCAAUAAAAUACAAGACGGGCUGCACAGCUGUUCACAAACAUCCUUGACCGUACAGCAAUCUGAGACCAGCUGAAGGGGCCACCUCAAAAAUGAGCUCCAUGUGUAGUUUCGCAUUUUAUGCCACAUCUGUCUUUUUUGAGGGCACACACAGGUCCUAAAGAUGUCUGUCUCAUCAGUCUUUUUUAGAGCUGGAUUUGUUCUGUGGUUUCAAGCAGUUGCUCCACUUGAAGUCCAUAUUCCUGUUUGGUCAUAUUCCAGUUUUACACAGGUUUUUAUUUAACAUGUGCAUUGUGCUAAAGAUUAUAUUCUCCCUACAAUGUAGCUGUGACACACCUUCUGUUUUUCUUCUUGAAUUAUACAAAUGUUAUUUCCAAAGGAAAUCUUAAAAGAAGCCUAACAGAUCAUUAGAUAUGUGAAAUGAAGGAUGUGCAAAGAUAUUAUUGCUGUAGAUUUUCAUGGAUGGUGAAGGCACAUGCGUCUGGAAUUGUUUCUAAGUAAGGUGUUUCUUAAAUAUUCUGUCUCUUCAUGGCUAGCGUGCCACCUUCUUGCCAGUCAUGGGGAGAGAGCAGGGAACAUGCAGUGGUCAGUCACUGUAUCCAUACCUGUUCCCAUGACAACAUCCAGCUUAGGCCACUGUCAGUGCUGCUGCGAUAAAAAUGAGGACAACAUUAUCCACAGGUUGUUGUUACAGCAGUCGCCAUGAGACAGUUUCAUAAAAAAGUUCCUGUUACAGAUAGCAUGUUUUAUAAGCAGACAUAGUUCAACCAGAGUUCAGGAGUACAACCUGCUGCCAGAUAACAUAAAUGUCUGCUAAAUAGCUGAUUUUGCAAUGGCCAGUUGCCACUGACAGAACCUUGCAGAAUACAAAACUUUAAUAAAGUUCUAAACAAUAUGAUUUUCCCUUUGUUAGAUAAUUUUUCACACCUUCACAGGGUGAAACUUUUAUGAAUGUGUUGACAAAAGUCGGUGUUGUUCAAUAGGUAUUACCUGGACCAUUUUAAUACUGCAGAAUCUUACAUCUAGUUGGCGUGUUUAAUACAUUUAGCCGUAACGCAGGUGAAACGACAGCUUGGUGAUCAUUUUCCUCAGCUGCUCAAGUUAUGUUAGGAACCCCUAGAAACCAACAUGGUCUCUAGCUCUGUGCAAGAGUAUCUGAAGUAAUGCUGCAGUGCAUUGGCCUUUUAUCCUGUCUUUCCUUAAAAUCCAUCUCGUAAGGGUACAUGUGAUGGGAGUGGUUACCAACCCCACACCCACUGCUCCCUUCCCCAGGUGCUUUUCAAAUGGUGCUAUUUUGUUCUUUCUGUCUCAGUUAAUAUUGUCUGAAAUGUGGAGGGUUUGCUUGAGGUCAGUGCUUAUGGAUGUCUGCGUUUGCCACUGAAAAAUCACAUAAAGCACAUUAACUGCUAUGGAAGGUCAUUGUGAGAACUGCAAGGCUACAUAACAGCCUGAUGCUGUGGUUGUGUAGGUGGCCACUGUGCAAUGCAAAUGAGCAAUCUUAUUCAGUUUGGGUGUCAGAAACUACAGUCUGAUGCAACACAGCAUUCCCUGUUAAUGAUUUCAGUGCAGAGCUGCACUUCCAAAAUAAAGAUCAAAACUGUAAUUUCUACCAUUUUUGAAGGUAUAAGCUAAAAUGAUGCUAUAAUGCACUCUCUGUUGUAUCUUGCAUGAAUGAGCUAUGGCUGACCACAGACAAACCUUUUUCUUCUGAGAGAGCGUGAUAGUUGACUUUUUCCACAUGCUAAUAAACAGAAAUAUGUACUGUAUUUCCAGUAUUAUUAAAGGUGUCUGUGAUCCUUAUGUACACAAAUCAAAAGGAAAAUAAUUCAAUAAAAGAAUAAAUAC